CUGAAAAAAAAUGUUCUUCAAUCACAACCUAGUGACCUCGUCAUCUAAAAAUUUUUGGCAGAAACCACCUGUAUAGCGAUUCUUUGGAGGAUGUACAAGUGUGAAAGUCUUCGAUGGCAUCUUCUGAAGACACAGUUCCCACCCCCUCUAUGGGCGAUAUAAAAACUGCAAAACAUCCGAGAAUCGGUACAGUCACCACUCGACCCAGUCAACAAGCAUCAUGAACUCUUACAGUGUGGUAUUCGCCUUUGCACUGGCCGCUGUCGUUGUAGCCGAACCUCCGUCCGGCUACAAUUACAACCGGCCCAGCGGGGGUGGCGGCAUCUCCUUCGGGGGCGGCGGCCAUUCCUUGGGGGGUGGACUGUCCGGAGGAGGUGGUGGAUACACAUCUGUAUCGUCUGGUGGUCAAACUAACGAAGGUGCCUCCGUAGACCCUCAACUUCUUGAACAAGUCCGUCAAAUCUUGCUCAAAGAAGAGCAACAGGGCGCUUCCAGCGGCGGCGGUGGUGGCGGCGGCGGUUUCGCUCCCUCAUCCCAAUAUGGCGCUCCAUCUCCACAAUACGGAGUACCCAGCUACCAAUACCGCGUCGUCGGAAUCGAUCUUGAAGGAAUCAAACAAGCCAUCCAAGUAGCUCAAUACAACCAAAUAUCUCAAGGUCCUUCAUUCGGCGGUUACCCAAGCGGACCAAGCUCCAUUCCAUCCGGGUCAUACGGAUCGCCUUACUAGGCUCCAGAACUGAAAAAAACAAAUAAUACCAUCUCUUUCCAUCUCAGACGGGUCAUGAUGCAUUCAAUGUUCCUUUAACAUCUCAAAAAGCAAACACCAUCGGGCAUUGAAUGAUCCAUUUUUGUAUAAAGCUUUUUUAGGUUAUGUUAAAAAAAUACAUUUGUCACCGUA